GCGGCAAUCGGGCAACGCUGUGGCGCUGUGGCUGUGCUGACUGUGCGUGAACGUGUUGUUCCGGUGGUUCAUUCAUCGAGCCCGAAGGAAGUAACAACUUGUGAUCUUACGUUGUGAAAAUGAAGUUAUACAAUAGUGAUCAUAACUGUUUUGGAUUGAAAGUUGCUGUGACGAUAGCCGUAACCAAAGCGAGUGUCGAAAAAGUGUCGAGGAGUCCUAAGGAGUACAGAGUUCCAUUCCUAUCCAGUGAAGGGAAACCUGCAUUAGAAUUGGAAAAUGGCUGUAUCAUUUUCUCUGAAAACUCUAUAUGCAGGUUCCUCUGGGAGGAGGCGGGAAAAUUUCCUGUGAGCAUAAAAGAUAGUGAGUGGUGCGAAUGGGAGUGCAUCAAACUGCGGGAAGCCUUGACACCUAGAUCGCUUCAAAGUACAGUACUACAAGGAAAACCAGAAAAGUCAGCAGAUACACUUUUGGGGGAACUCCUGAGAGAUCUCGACAAUUACCUCGAGCAUCAUAAAAACCUUUCUGGGUUGUCAGAGAAGGCGUAUGGACUCGCAGACGUUAUUGUGUGGUCUGCGGUUUAUCCCUUGUAUGCAGGAAGAGCCCAUUCGACAGAUGUCUUUCCAUUGUAUAAACAUAUCCCAAGGUGGUUCAACACGCUUGCUAAAGAUGAGCAGUUUUCACAUGCUGUUAUGCAAAUACCAAACGAUGUGUUGAAUGAAUGCAAGGUUCCUUUAGUUUCACGAAACAGCGUUCCAGGAAUAACAGAACCAUGUUCACCAUCAAAGCAGGCCAUCUGUAGAACACAGAGUAGAGCUGAAAGCCGAAAUGAGGAUGAACAUGGUCCCACAUUCAGCAGUGAAGAUAUCGAACAAGCUUUUGAAGCUUGGCACAGCAACAAGAAUGCAUCACUGGAGUUACAGAAAAAGGCAGAUCCUAUAUUGCCAGAAAAGGGGAAGAAAAACAUUCUCAUCACAAGUGCUCUUCCAUACGUUAACAAUGUUCCACAUCUUGGGAACAUUGUGGGCUCUGUGCUUAGUGCAGAUGUCUUUGCAAGGUACUGCAGGUUGAGGAACUGGAACACACUGUACAUUUGUGGGACUGAUGAAUAUGGAACAGCUACUGAAACAAAAGCUCUAGAACUGAAAAUUACACCAAGAGAAAUUUGUGACAGGUUCAACAAAAUUCAUAGUGACAUCUACGAUUGGUUCAACAUUUCUUUUGACCACUUUGGGAGGACGACGACAGAAAAGCAAACAGAAAUUGCGCAAGACAUUUUUCUGAAACUUCACGCAAACGGCUACCUGUGUGAAGAAGUGGUGGAGCAGCUUUUCUGCAACAAGUGCGAUAGGUUUCUGGCAGACAGGUUUGUGGAAGGCACAUGCCCAUUCUGUGCAUAUGAGGAUGCACGUGGAGACCAGUGUGACCUGUGUUCCAAACUCAUAAACCCCACAGAGCUCAAGGAAGCACGUUGUAAACUCUGUAAGGAAGCACCUGUCCUCAGGAAGUCAGGACACUACUUCAUUGAUCUGCCGAAGCUGCAGCCCUCAUUUGUGAAGUGGUACACAGAAAAGACGUCGGGGGAUGCUUGGACGCAGACAGCCAAAGUGAUAACCGGUGCGUGGAUCCGAGAUGGGCUCAAGCCUCGUUGCAUCACUAGGGAUCUCAAAUGGGGGACUCCUGUACCCGUCGAAGGCUACAGAGACAAGGUGUUCUACGUGUGGUUUGACGCCCCAAUUGGCUACUUGUCCAUCACUGCUAACUACACGGACCAGUGGGAGAAAUGGUGGAAGCAACCAGAUGAUGUCACACUGUACCAGUUCAUGGCUAAAGAUAAUGUGCCAUUCCAUGGAAUAGUGUUUCCCAUGACGCAGUUGGGUACACACGAAAAAUACACCACAGUGGAUCACCUUGUUGCUAUCGAGUAUUUAAACUAUGAAGAUGCAAAAUUCUCAAAGAGUCGUGGUGUUGGUGUAUUUGGAAAUGAUGCACAAGACACAGGCAUUCCAUCUGACGUGUGGAGGUUUUAUCUGAUGUACCAGCGUCCUGAAAAUCAGGAUUCUAGUUUCUGCUGGGCUGACUUGCAGCUGAAGAACAACUCGGAGUUGCUGAACAAUUUGGGCAACUUUGUGAAUCGCGCACUUACUUUCCUGUACAAUAAUUUUGGUGGUGUAGUGCCAGAACUUGACCUAACUGAAGACGACAAGGUUGUGAUUGCAAAGGUCUCAAGGCAGUUGUCUCACUACAUUGGCUUCAUGGAUAAAGUCAGGUUGCGAGAUUCUAUUCGUUGCAUCCUCAAUAUCAGCAGAAUAGGCAAUCAGUAUAUCCAGUUCCACAAGCCAUGGGAGCUUGUGAAAGGCACACCUGCUGAAAGAUUGCGGUCAGCUACCAUCAUGGGACUGUGUGCCAAUGUGGCAUGCCUUGCAUCACAGCUUAUUCACCCCUUCAUGCCGGAGACAAGUGAAGCUAUGAGAAAGCAGUUAAAUAUUCCUAUGUUCCAGUUAGGACCCCACUUUGUGCAGUUGCUCAAGGCUGGACAUCAGAUGAACAAGCCAGUGCCUCUGUUCAAGAAGAUUGAGCAAGCGACUGUUGAACAGUUACAGAAAAGAUUCGAGGGUCGACAAGCAGAUCCAGUCAAAAAGAUGGCAAACGGCAUUGUGAAUCAUGUUGCCGUUGUAAAAGCACAGUCAGCAGGGGACACAGCAGUCGACGUGGAUGAGCUAACAAAACUGGUGCAACUGCAGGGCAAUAAAGUGAGGGAGCUUAAAACCGCAAAGGCAGACAAGUCGACAAUUGAAAAGGAAGUGGAAGUUCUUCUGAGGUUGAAGAAGGAACUGGCCAUGGCUACAGGACAAGAUUCAUCGACGGACCAGAAACAAAAACGGAAGAAAAAAUAACAUCUGCUGCCUAUUAUGUGGCACUAACAUUAUUUAUUGCUGUAAUAAAACUUACAAUAUACUC